AUGGCCGACUACGACGAGAAACACUCCCCCGACACCACCUACAAGGGUGUCGACACCGACUCCGAGGCCCAUGCAUACGCUGUUCCGCAGGAGCCGGGUCUGCACCGCGCCAUGAAAAACAGACACAUUGCCAUGAUCAGUAUUGGUGGUGUCAUUGGUACUGGUCUGUUCUUGGGCACGGCCGGCAGUCUCAGUAAUGGCGGCCCAGUUGGGUUGCUCCUCGGAUACCUCAUAAUCGGUUCCCUAUGUUACUGCACCAUGGUUUCUCUUGGAGAAAUGGCUGCUCUUCUACCCAUUCCGGGUGGUCACAUCACCUACGCAGCCCGCUUCGUUAGCUCCUCGUGGUCUUUUGCACUUGGAUGGCAGUACUGGUAUAACUGGGUCAUCAUUUUACCUGCAGAAUUGAGUGCGGCAGCCGUCCUCAUUAAUUACUGGAACAAGUCUGUCAAUAAUGCGGUGUGGAUAACGAUGUGUAUCGUCGUCGUGAUUUUGAUUAAUAUGUUCGGUCCUGCUGUGUACGGCGAGGCGGAGUUCAUCUUCGCCUCCAUCAAGGUCCUUACGAUCACCGGACUUAUUAUCCUUGGAAUCGUCCUCGAUUUGGGUGGUGGUCCGAACCAUGACCGUCUCGGCUUCCGCUACUGGAAGCACCCUGGUCCGUUCAAUCAAUAUGCUGGUAUCGAAGGUGCCAAGGGUCGCUUCUUGGCUUUCUGGGCAGUAUUGACGCAGGCCGCGUUCUCAUACAUCGGCACGGAGGUCGUCGCGAUUGCGGGAGCUGAAUCGAAGAACCCUCGUCGAAACAUUCCGAAGGCCAUCAAGCGUGUCUACGUCCGCAUCCUGUUAUUCUACAUCGGAGGUGUCACUAUAAUUGGCCUACUCGUGCCGUACAACAACCCUCAUCUGAACUUGGCUAGCGGUACAGCGGCUGCAUCGCCCUUUGUCAUCGCCAUCCAGACUGCCGGAAUCAAGGGUCUUCCUUCUGUCAUCAACGCUUGUAUUCUGACGUCAGCAUGGUCUGCUGCGAACAGUGACAUGUACUGCAGCUCCCGCGCGCUUUAUGGACUUGCUCUAGCCGGUAAUGCGCCGAAGAUCUUCACCAAGGUUAACCGCUUUGGUCUUCCCUAUUAUUGCGUCAUCGUCUCUGCCUUGAUCGCCUGCUUGUCGUACAUGGAUGUCUCCAGUGGUAGCGGCCGUGUAUUCGGAUGGUUUGCCAAUAUGACUUCUGUUGCCGGAUUGAUGAGUUGGUUCGCUAUUGCAGUGACCUAUAUUCGGUUCCACAAGGGUCUGAAGGCUCAGGGUAUUGACCGCAAUACCCUGCCAUACAGAUCGCCCCUUCAGCCAUUUGCUGCGUGGUAUGCUGCCAUCUUGGCGUUCGUCGUGUGCUUCUUCAGUGGCUGGUCCGUGUUCCUUAAGGGCAACUGGAGUGCAGCCACCUUCGUUACCAACUAUCUUCCCUUCAUGCUUUACCCCGUCAUGGUCAUCGGAUCUGGCAUCUGGAAACGAGAGUGGCUCAUCAAGCCGCAGGAUAUGGAUUUCAAGUCAGGCCUUGACGAGGUGUUGGCGGCGUCAUAUGACGAGCCUCCUCCUCGUAACUGGGUAGAGCGGAUAUGGGCUGCAAUCAUGUGA